UUAGUUUCUCUUUCCUUCAAAUAAGGUUUUUAUUUGUCUCAAUGGAACAGGGCACUAUAAAAUAGUAACUGGUAAAUAAACUUCCUUUUUUUUAACUUCCCCUUUGUUCCCCACAAAAACAAAAAACUUCUCAUUUAUUCUCUUUGCUUUCUCUUUCUUAUUUCUCUAUUGAGUAUUGUACAACGUCUUUCCCUUCUCCUUUUCUCCUGUACGGAAAAAUUUUGAUUCCAAUUUACUUGGUAAAAGUGAUUUCUUCAUUUCAUUGGACAAUAAAUUUUAGAACAUAAUUUCCAUUUUCUUCAAAAUUCCAGUUCGUUUUACAAAAAUUAUAUUCGUUUUUUUUUUGUAGCAUAUUCCUUUCUUUCAAGAAAUAAACUUAUUCAUUUAUUUCCCACCUUUUCUACUUCAAAACAAGAAAAUAUGUAUAUAUAACACCUAUAAAGAGCUAAGAACCAACAUAUUAAGCGUAUGCAAGGCACACUAUGGUAUUUAAUCAUGGUAAAAUUCUCUCGAUUUAUUUAUAACGAGAACCCAAUGCACGAGUUGAGAUUGUUCCAAUUCUUUAAUUAUAUGACAAACUAACACAUGUAAUUUAAGUGUAUAUUCUCGCGGGUUCCUAGAAAGGGAAUUUGUCAUAUUACAAUAGGCGAAUGAGAUGUAAAAGUGGAAUGAUGGUUUCUUAUGUUUUACCACAUAGAUUUGCACCGGGUUAUUGGCAAAUAUCAUUGUUUAGAAUCUUCUGCCGAACUAUCAUGUUAAAAUAUGAAAAUUGUAUUAAGGGAAAUGUCUAAUCCGAAAAAAUCGACUAAGAGACGUCGCUUAUGAUGGAGAAAUUAUGGACUUUCGAGUUAUUUUAAAUACUAAUAAUUGAUUCGGUACAGGAUGCUUACGAGGGAUACCAUAAGCAAAUGUUGAAAUUAAUGUACAAAAUAAAUCAUAAAAGUUGAUUAUUGCACAUAAUAAUUUCUUCAAAUAUUGAUGACAUACAAUGUACAAAAAUCCAAGCUAGAAAAAUGCUUAAAUAAAGGCAAACAAAAACUUGGUCCAACAAUUAUAUUGUUGGUCUUCAAACUGAAGGUCUCAGGUUCGUAUAUAUUUGAUAAUACAUAAUAGUAAAAAUAAGUCUAUAUCACUCUUAAAAAAAUAAAAAAUAUUAUCGAGUUUUCUCAUUAAUGAUAUUAAAGAAUAUUACUUCCAAUUCUGAUAACUAUUUAUGAAAUUUUAGUAAAAACUAUUUGUGAAAUAAGAAGUAAAAAAAUCUCGGCCAAAGGCGGGGUAACAAACUAGUAUGCCUAAAUAGAAAAGGCGGGAGAAACGGGGAGGCAAAUGGAUCAUCGUCGUUGUUAAUUAUUUCCAUAAUUCUAUAUUUUUUCUGGUUCGACAGAAUUUUGGUUGCAACAAGAAAGGUCCAAAAAAGAAAUAAUGGGUCAUCGACGUCGUUGUUGCAGAUCUUCUUCUUCUCCAUUAUCGUCAUCAUCUCUGGCUUCAUCCCCUAUAAAUUUAUGUCGCUUUUACAAACCAUCUGAAACCGUAUUAUCCUGAUUUUGGAGGUACCUGACGAAGGUACAUCCACAUUCCUCCUUCACCUCCACGCUUCCCUUGACCACCAUUUUUAAUUAAAUUGAUUGGAUCUGGAUUCCCUCCAUUUCCAUUCUUGCUCUUGAUCUCCUCCUCAGUUUUCCACCGCCAUCGUUAGGGUUCGGUACUGGUUGUGGCGUGUUGGGAGAUUUCUACCAUACCCAUUCACGGUAUUGACUCUACUUGUUGUUGGGUCGCCCUUAAGCAGAUGGAAUUUUCCCCGUUUUGAAUUUUUGAUCGGCAAAGGGAUUCUUUUUGUUGUUUGUGUAGAAACUUAGCCCAGAUGCCUUCCUUUAUAUUCUUCCACCGAGCAAGGAGAACUUUCUCAAACGAUGAGUUGGGGUUAGAAAUCUUGGAAAUCGCAAUUCCAGCUGCACUUGCUUUGGCAGCAGAUCCCAUUGCGUCUCUAGUCGACACUGCUUUCAUUGGCCAUUUAGGUCCUGUUGAGCUAGCAGCGGUUGGAAUUGCGAUAGCAGUGUUCAAUCAAGUGUCGAAGAUUGCAAUAUUUCCAAUCGUUAGCGUCACAACUUCUCUGGUUGCCGAGGAAGAUGCCAUUGGACCAUUGAGUUCCGAAGAACAGGAGAGUGUAGAACUACUAGAUGCCUCACCUACUUUUAACAAAGAAACAGAUGACUUGUUACCCAAAAAUGGUGAAUCACAGCAAAAUACACCAUCUUCAAACGCUUACUGGAAAAAAGAAGGGUUUCAAAAAAGAAACAUCCCAUCUGCUACGUCAGCGAUGGUUGUUAGUUGUGUACUUGGUUUGGUCCAAACUAUGUGCCUCAUUUUCUUUGCUGAACCUGUGCUCAAGCGCAUGGGUGUGCAUAAGGAUUCUCCUAUGCUAAUGCCUGCACAAAGAUACUUAGUCUUGAGGUCACUCGGUGCUCCUGCAGUUCUUUUAACUUUGGCUAUGCAAGGGGUUUUCCGGGGAAUCAAGGACACAAGAACACCUCUCUUCGCUACAGUUGUGGGAGAUGUCACAAACAUUAUCCUAGACCCCAUAUUCAUCUUUGUAUUCCGAUGGAAUGUCAGUGGUGCUGCCAUUGCACAUGUUAUUUCUCAGUACGUGAUGUCGCUACUCCUUCUGUGGAAAUUAGUUCAACAAGUUGAUAUAUUGCCUCCAACAAUCAGCGAUCUGCAACUCGGUCGCUUUCUCAAAAGUGGAUUCUUGUUGCUGAUGAGAGUGAUAGCAUCAACCAUUGUUGUCACCCUAGCAGCUUCUUUGGCCACUGCCAAUGGACCAACUGCAAUGGCAGCAUUUCAGGUUUGCUUGCAGAUUUGGUUGGCGACCUCCUUGCUUGCUGAUGGACUCGCUGUGGCUGGGCAGGCAAUCAUUGCAAGUGCUUUUGCAAAAGAAGACUUUGACAAGACAGUGGACACUUCUGCUCGUGUGUUACAACAUGGUGUUGUUCUAGGGGUAGCACUCGCCAUCAUCCUCUAUCCUGGGUUGUAUUUUGGUGGAAUAUUAUUUACCAAAGACGAGAAUGUCUUGCAACUUAUUAGACUCUGUGUCCCGUUUGUUGCCCUAUCUCAACCAUUCAACGUCUUAGCAUUUGUCUUCGAUGGAGUGAACUUUGGAGCAUCUGAUUUUGCAUUUUCUGCAUACUCAAUGAUCUUCGUGUCAUUCAUAAGCAUCUUUUGCCUCUUUACACUGUCUGCGAGCCUAGGAUUUAUCGGCAUCUGGGUUGCUUUGACCACAUUCAUGACUUUGCGUACGUUGGCCGGCUAUUUGAGGAUAGGAGCUGGUGUUGGACCUUGGAGGUUUCUGAGGACGAAUGCAUUUACAUGAAGAGCAAAUUUCUCCAGUUUCAUCAUUAUCUUCAUGAUCUGGGGUUAAAAACACAAAGUACUAAAGACAAAACGGACCCGCUCAAUGGAAUUCGAUUACUGUACAUAUUGCAGAAGAUAGUAGGUACAGGAAGUUAACUAAGAAUUCUUUUUGUUCAGUUUUGGCACUAUAUGUUCAAUUAUUUUUACUGUUUUCCGGCACGUUUUGUGCUCUAUAGGAGGAUGGGGAUAUGGUGAACUUUAACUGUAAAGAUACUCAAUUGUUUGCUUGACUAAGCAAACAUCUGUAAUUUCUUUGUUAACUAAUUGAACUAAGUUGAAUGGGUCCUAUUUAUUGAAUGACUCUUUCCUUCUUCAAAUUGCUUGACUUGUUCAAAUAUUUCUGAAAUCUCCACUAAGCCUCUCUUGUCGUGAAAGAUCUCAAUUUCGAAUCCCUUGCAUAAAGUAUUUGUUCAAGU